AUAAAGUACAGGCGCUGUCGAUUUCGUCAGUUGUGAUUUACAGUGAAGUCCAGCAGCAGCUGUCGUCGACAUGAUUUUCAGCAGAGCGGUGUUAUUUACACUUUUGUGCUCGGUUGUUUUAGCCUACAAUCCUGGAGCAGCCCAGACAGAGUACAAUAUUGAUUAUGAAUCAUUCUUGGCAAACGUAAUCAAUGGCAAGAAAUUUCAUGAGCUAAUGGAUGCCAAAGCUGAAGACGAUCUCCAUGAAGGCCAGCAUUUUGAACACUUACCUACCACCCUGGAAGAGUCAAUAACAUUUUUAACUUCAGAAGUUGAUGACGAUGGACAGGUUGCAGUGUCAACGACGUUCAAACCAGUGCUCAUGAGAUCCAAGUUCACAUCAGAAGCCCCGAUUUGGUUCCCUGUUAACGCUGGAGACUUUGACCACACUCGAGUCCGAAGAGAUUAUCUUUCAGACUACACAGAUCCCAUUCAGGGAUUAUACAACCCUUACAAUACGGAGGAUUUCUCUAACUUCAACGCGCCAGGAAACCGCUUCCAAAGUUAUUCUGAUGCAAGUGGGUUCGAUUUCAACGGGAACAAUCACUACGUGUACCCUGAGACAGUUAAAUGUCGCUACUGGUGUUUGGGUCCUCACGGUGAACCUUACUGUUGUGAAUCAACCAAAGAUCCCAUCAGCACCAGAGUCGGUGUCAAGACCGGUCACUGUCCGACUGUUAGAAGCGUGUGUCCUGAAGCCCACGGCAGAAGAAGGAGUCCUCGUACAUGUUCCAGCGAUUUUUCGUGCCCCGCGGAUGAAAAAUGCUGUUUAGAUAUUUGUAUUGGAAGACAUGUUUGCAAACCUCCUAUAGGACCUCGUUUUUAUUAGAAACAGUUUUUGAAUAGCACUUGUCUUUGAGAAGACUUUUUCUUAAUAUUUUAAUGAAGGUUUUUGAUAGUUAGUUUUAUCUGGUAGCUUGCUCGUGUUGAACAGUAAAGUUUAGCAUGCCUUCGACACGAUUUAAGUUCUCUUGCUAUCAAAAGAAAUGUUGAUCAAAGAAUAUUCUCUGAACAGCCGAGUUUAAGCAAGUAUUUGUACUAUUGAAAUGAAAAUAGAGUUUCAAUAUUGAAGGCUUAGGAAUCACAUUUGCCUAAUUUCUUAUUUUAAUGAAAUAUUACGAAGUUUCUAGGCAGCUCCGUACCUGAUAACUUUUGAUUGAGAUUCUGAAAUGUACGCUGAAAUUUAAAAAUCUGAUCAUGAUAACCAUUCUUAAUCAUGUACUUUUUGUAUUCGAGUAAGAACUCGGGAACAAAUAAUCAUUCAAUUUCAGAUUUUUUUUUGCUCAUUGAUAACAUUCUAAAUGUGAAAACCAAACUAACUCGGUUUCUCGUAUUUAUGAUCUUGGUUUUUAAUGCUGGUCAUGAUUGAUCCUGUAUGAUUUGCCGCUUGUAAGAAAUGAAUAAAUAAUUCGA